CCGUCCUGCCUCUUUAUGUCCCUGCCUGAGCGCCGUUCGGCCGCCGUGUCUCGCUUUGAGUCCCGCAGUGAAUCAGAAGAUGGCGGAAGCUCCCCUACGGACCUGCCGGUUUUUCUGUCACCGAUGUUCAGAGGAGAUCAGCCCCCGGCUGCCGGAUUACACCUGCCCAAGGUGUGAGUCUGGCUUUAUUGAAGAGUUGCCAGAGGAAAGAAGUGCAGAGAAUGGGUCCACAUCUACGCCCUCCACCAGUGAUCAGAACCGUCCCCCGUUUGAGAAUGUGGACCAGACUCUUUUUACCUUCCCCCAUGGCUACGGACAGUUUGCUCUGGGAAUCUUCGGUGAGGGCUUUGACCUGCGAGGAGGGUUGCCCACGGAGGAUAACCGUGAUGCAGAGAACCGCAGGGAGCGAGAGAUGGCCUCCCGCCAGCGCUACGGAGCCAGACAGCCACGGGGACGCCACGUCCCCCGGAGACAAGGGACGCGGCAUGAAGGGGUGCCAACUUUAGAGGGAAUAAUUCAGCAGUUAGUAAACGGAAUCAUCGCUCCAACAGCAAUGCCAAACAUGGGCAUGGGACCAUGGGGAAUGCUACAUUCAAAUCCAAUGGACUAUGCAUGGGGUGCCAAUGGAUUAGAUGCCAUUAUAACACAGUUAUUAAAUCAGUUUGAAAAUACGGGUCCACCUCCUGCAGACAGAGAGAAAAUUAAAAGCCUCCCAACAGUUCAGAUCACAGAGGAGCACGUGGGUGCUGGUUUAGAAUGUCCUGUGUGCAAAGAAGAUUACAGCGCGGGGGAGAGCGUUAGGCAACUUCCAUGCAAUCACCUCUUUCACAAUGAUUGUAUAGUGCCCUGGCUGGAACAGCAUGACACCUGUCCAGUAUGCCGGAAGAGCCUGAGCGGGCAGAACACAGCCACAGAUCCUCCAGGCUUAUCAGGAAUGAACUUCUCUCCUUCCUCAUCAUCGUCUUCCUCCUCCAAUUCCCCCAGCAACGAGAAUGCUGCCAACAACUCAUAAAAACACAAAUCCCUCAGUCCCGAACACACAACACAUACACACAACCACCUACCUACCUAUAUAUAAAUAUAUGAAUACACACACACAAUCAGAUACACACGCAACCCCUCAAACACAUUACCUUCAUCUCAGUCUGACAGUGCUAGCGUGGCCAAACAGCAUCAUUCAGAACCUAGUAAAGCUGGGGAGUCUUCUAGAACGUUCUAGAGAGCCAGCUCGGACUCAGUUCUACAGUAACUGGAAUAGAAACACGGCGGGGGUCCGAGCUGAAGCCUACGGUCGUCCAGAGUGCACCCUUUAAGGCCAGCACCACACCAGCGCCCUCUGGUGGCAAGCCAGAGCCGCCCCAUCAUUAUCUUCAUGAUCAUCCUCUGACUCACUGGGAUGAGCGCCCCGCCAAAGGAUACUUUGAUAACCAACCAGAGGAGGAAGAAACAAAACAAACAAACAAAAAAAAAAACACAAACCACUUUCAAUUGCAUACUUUCACCAAUACUUUGCUUUUUUAUCAUUGAACUGGAGAAUGAUCAUUCCUCAUGGUUUGUGUUGUUUUUAAUUUUUUCUUUUUUAAGCAGUGGUGGGCAGAAACUGCCCAAAUGUGGUGGUGAUUUUAAGUGAAAAAGAAAAAAGUGUGGAUUUAAAAAAAAAAAAAAUUAAGAUGGAGAAAUUUAGAAGCUCUGAUGUUCUGACAGAAUUCUUCCAGAGCUAGAGUCUCACAUGCUUUCUCUCAUCCUUUCUUUCUCUCAUUUGUUUCAUCUCUCUUUCUUGCUCUUACUCUGGAGAAAGUAUAAACUCUGAACGUUAACAGAGCUCCUCCAGAGCUAUAGUCUCUCGCGCUUGCUCUCUUUCUUUUGCUUUCUUUUUGGCUCUCGCUCUGGAGAAAGUUAUAAAUUCUGAACGUUAACAGAGCUAGAGUUCCAGAGUUAGAAUCUCUUGUGCUUUCUUAUUUCUUUUUUGUCCCUCUCUUUCUCGCUCGCUACCUUGCUCUCGCUCAGGACAAAGUAAGAAGUCUUAGAUGUUCACAAAAAUGCCCAUAGCAAGAGUCGCUUGCACUUUCUCUCCUUCUCAAGCUUUAUCUCACUUUCUCUCUUGCUCUUUUCACUCUCGCUCUUUUUUUUUUUAUCUCAUUCAGGAGAAAGUACAAAAUGUUAGAUGUUCACAAAAAUGCUUUUGGAGCUCUCAAGCUUGAGAAAGUUAGAAGUUUAGAUUUUUCUCUCCAAUUUGAUCUUUCUUUCUUUCUUGAGAAAGUUAGAAGUGCUGAAUGUUAAUUAAACACUUACAGGUCAAGGAUUUUGCACUUUCUCUCGCACAUGCUUUCUCCUGCUCUCGCUCUUGCUUUCUUUCUUCCUUUUUCUCACACAGUUGACACACAUGCACACCAGCCAAUAGCCAGCCAAUAACCGACUGGAUUUAAAUGGCAUUUUAAUGGAGACUCUUGUACAUCGGAAAAAUGGGACACACAUUCAGUUAGAAGUGUUUUUCUUACAUUUGUUUUUUUAAAUAUUAGCUGGAUUAAUUUUUUAUCCAUAUAUCGGUGGCUUAAAGAUGUUCUGUAUGUGAAAACGUAUAUAGUUAUAUUUAUUAAGAAGAAAAAAAAGAAGAAAACAAGAACUAGAUCAGAAAAAGCCACAUGAUAUGAACAUCUCACAACAGGGAAACAAAGCUGAGUGUUGCUUUCCUCUCUGUAUAAAGUAUUUAUUUGCACAUGAUUCUGUUUUUUCCUUACAAUUAGAUCAAUGAGAUCAAUUAGAAGGUUGAUGCCACAACAAGAGUGGAAUUUUGUGGCAGGGCAAGCUGUUUUAUUUUUAUUUUUUGCAGUUUUUUAUAGUAAACAUCUUAUUCAACAUUUUUAGUUCAGUUCAGACCCACAUGGCCUGGUGAAAUAUACGGUAUUUUCCCUCUUUCUUAAAUAGGAGUCACAGUUACAGUAAUUUAUUUUUUAUUUGAACUUUUGGUUUUAGCCAUUUACCAUCCUCCCCAGCACAUUCAGUGACUCUCAGUUCCAUAAACCUCUUUUUUUUUUAACUUAUUCUAAGUUAAAGGAUUUGUUUUUGUAAAUCAUAAUAAAGUGAAAGAAGAAUGUA